AUGGUCAACACCGGCAAACCAUCCCCAGGCUGCUUUGCUUGCCGGUCACGAAGGAUCAAGUGUGACACGACGAGGCCCGAGUGUAGAAAAUGUCGGAAGAGAGGCUGGAAGUGUCCUGGCUACCGCGACCUCAACGCGCUGAGGAUUGUGGAUGAGACGCAGAAGCAAUUCACGCGCUUUUCUGUCGAUGAGGCUUCAUCUCCAGUCGCUGGCCCGAGUAGGACUACCAUCGUGCGCCAGAGCAAUCCUCCUCCUCCUCCUGGUCCUCCUGGUCCUCCUCCUUCCAGACGAGACACUGCAUUGUCGUCGUCAUCGACGUCGUCGUCAUCUUCAUCAUGGACGAGCCCAACAGGGGCACACGCAUAUCCCUCUCCCGUCUCUGACGCCUCGUCCCCAGACUCUGCACGGGAAUCCAACAGCUACCAGUACACGUACACGGACGAGGUGCCUCGGUGCGUCGGCACGCCCGUAGGCGAGCAGGUCUACACGUAUUUCGUCGCCAACUUUGUGGCUGGGAGCUCACUCCGGCAUCACGGCUACCUUGACUUCCUCUUCCCGCUGCUGGCCAACAUCUCGCAUGACCGGCACGAGCACAACCCCUUACCGAUGGCCUUUACCGCCACCGCCAUGAUCGCCUUUGCCGCUCGGCAAAAGGUGCCAGAGCUGCUUCCCAGGGCCGAGUCGGUGUAUCUGAGGGCGCUGGGGGCGACAUUCGAGGCGAUUGGGGACGCGAAACGGGCACGGGAUAACUCCACUCUUGCCUGCGUGACACUUUUGACCACAUUUGAGCAACUACGACCUUCGAGGCCUUCACAUCAAAAGGCCGAGGCGUUUGGAAGCCAUCUGGACGGAGCAGUAGCCCUACUAAAGAUGCGAGGCAAAGAUCUCUUCCAGACCGUCGUAGGUCGGAAGAUCUUUCAGAUUCUACGAUCACUCCUUGCCUCAAGAAGUUUAUGUUACGGCACGCCUCUAGACCCUGAACUACACACCCUCACCGAAGAAUUCGAGCAACACCCGGACCAACAUCGGUUCGCCGUGCUCUCCCUCCGAGCAGCCGACCUCCGCGUCGCCGCAGAGCGCCUCCUGGGCGGCUGGAGCCCAUCGCACCCAGCCGGAGACCCGCCGACGCGCGAAAAGGUCGAGGCCCUGAAACGAGAUGCCGACGUCCUCGAGGCCGACUACGACGCCCACAUCCGAUCCCUCCCCUUGGCAUGGAAGGCCAUGACCGUGCGCUACCUGACCGCCACGGACCCGACUAUCAUGGGCGGCAUUUCCUACGUUGGCCGCGUCGACGCCUACAUCGACAUGUUCAUCUGCUAUCUGCUCAACUGGUCGCGCGCCGCCCGCCUGUACAUCCGCUACGCCUCGCUCCGGUGCCACGCCUGGCUGCUGGGCCCCCAGCUCGACUACCGCGACACCCCCGAGUACGCCGCCGCCGCCGAGCUCGGUGUCUCCCUCGUGGGCGACAUCGUGGCCAGCGUGCCUUAUGUCUUUGGCGCCGCAACGGUUGACCAGCAGGCGUCUUCUGCUGCGUCGGGCCCAUACCCUCCUCCGAGCCUGGCGGGCGUGUUCUGCAUGUGGCCUGUCUUUGCCGCGGCCACGUCGGACUUCACCACCGAGUCGCAGAGGGUGUUUCUGAAGAGGACAUUGAAGUUCAUCUCGGAGGAGAUGGGCAUCGGACAGGCUUCCAUUUUGGCCAAGUACAACUUGAGAAAUCCCUCGAUGCCCAUCGCCUUCACGCGCAUGAAACAGUUCGAAUCCCAAGGAAAACAGCUACAGGGCGUAGCAUCCGGAGCAGCCGCCGGGUCCGUCAUGACCACCGGCAUCACGUCUCUUCUCAAGACCACCGGCUCUAUCAUGUCGUCGCAGUCCAAAUACCACCCCAAGUCUGUCCCGAUGCAUAUCCUCAAGAGAGAACCCGAGGAGGAUGACGAGAUGUCGACGUUUGACUUUCGGAUGAGAUGA